AUGCAUGCAGUUAAUGGUAAUUCAGUCGCGGACCAUUCUGUCUUUGCUGUGGCGGCGAUCAACUCCAAUGGUGUUAGUGCGCCGGGCAAGUGGAUGAAUCUCUGCGGUAUGCAUGAGGAUGUGGUUGCCAUUUGUGAAACACAUGCAACUGCUAAAACACAGAAAGCACUGAACGAUACGGAUGAAAAGCGUCAAGUUUUCUGGGGAGCUCCGGUGGUUUCCACAUCUCGGUGUGGCGUAGCCUUCCUCGUGAAGAAGUCCUGCAACUGGGCGGUGCGGCCUCUUGCUUUUCAGGGGCCUUGUUCGGCACAUUAUCGUGGGGGUCGAUUACAUGCUAUACAGUUAUUCCGUGGCAAAGGGAAAAGAUCGUGCAUUGUGUAUUGCGUCUAUGGACAUGCUGGUGCCAGGUGGGAGAGUUCCAAGCGUGAGAUGUUGCAUGCUAUGUUACGUGACAUAUUUCAGGAUGCUGUGACGCGUGGGGGAGUGCCGAUUAUGAUAGUUGGAGACUACAACAUUGAGAUUGCGGAGAGCACAUAUCUACAAAGUUGUAUUGCGUGCGAUUGGAUCGAUGCGUCACGUUGGUGUCGUCAGGACGCUCAGAGUAUGCUUACUUCGCUUAAAGGGGGAGGAUCCCGGAUUGAUAUGUGUAUCAUGAACCAGAGUGCUGCAAGUCUGUGUGCGGAUUGUCGAAUCUGUGAUGCUGUUGUGCGGACGGACCAUCGUGUCGUCACUGUUGUUUUCAGGUGGCCUUUGGCGGCUCAGACGCGCUACCUUGUUAAGCAUGUGGGGCUUAAAGGACGAUACAAAGAUCCACCGCAACAGUAUUUACCGCCUCCGGUCUCUUCGUUUGAUGUGCGACAGUUGCUUGCACGGCAUGAGCUCCACGAGGCUUUUGGUGUGUGGUGUCGUGAUGCUGAAAAGUUACUUCUUAGCAUUCCUAUGGUGGUUGACGGCGUUGACACUUUUGAUGAGGGGCAUGGUCGAGGCAAGGUGCGUUUUCAGAAGUUAUGUCGUUACCCCGCUGUUGCGCAAGAGACGGCUAUGACCCUUAGGAUGCGGCAGCUUGCUUCCGCGAUUCGUCGUUCGGAGGAGUUGAUGCUCAUGAGUGCGUUUGGGUACCGGGCAGAACAGACAUGGCGGAAUAUUCGGAAGGUUAGGCCCUAUCUUGAUGCUACAGUGCGUCCCGCAUUUGAUGAACAUUUCUGGAAAGGGCUUACGCGGGAGAAUGUGAAGGCAGUUUUGGUGGUUCUGAAGGAGCACUACCAACGGGUCCAGACGGAGUGCAAGAAUGCAAGGUUGAAAGCGUGGAAGCGAAGGAUGUGGGCGUCGGAUCGUGAAGCUCAUCGUUGGUUGCGUGGAGGGGGUAAGCCUUUGACUACGGUUAUGCAGAUGCCUGAUGGGGUUUUUUCUGCCAAUGCAGAACAACAGCUCAAGGCUAUUUUGGAUGCGUGGAAGCCCAUAUUUGGAAAAUUCAAGAAUCGUGAACCCCGUGUUGACAGGUUCUUCGAAUUCUUUGGGAGUGGCAUGCGUCGUUCGCCUAUGGAUCUGCAGGAUAUAACGGGUGAGAGGCUGGUUGAAGCUGCACUUCGUACGAAGGCUAGUUCAGCAGGAUUGGAUCAAUUCCGCCCGGAGGCUUUAACUGCGCUUGCUAGGUGGUACCCCCAGGUCUUUGAAGCCCUGGCUCUUAUCCUGAAUUACACUGAGAUGAAUGGGGUAUGGCCUGAUGAAGUCAGUCUUGCAUAUACAGCAUUGGUACCCAAAGAUGAGACGCAGCCUGAGGCACAACCCACCGCUUAUCGACCGAUUUCGGUUCUCAGUGCUGUGUAUCGCUUAUGGAGCAAGGUGCGGUUUGAUGACGCGUUAUGCUGGCAAGAGGGCUGGAUCGAUGGGAAUGCGUGGGGAUGUAGGCCACGUCGCGGAGCAGACAGCCUCGCUAUGUCAAUUUCGUUGCGUCUGGAGAGUGAGGCUUCGCGUGGGCGAUCGGUGGGAGGUGUGGCGUAUGAUUGUCGCAAGGCUUUUGAUCUGAUACCAGUACCGCUACUUCUUGAAGCCAUGCGGAGAAGGGGAUGUUCGGAGAGGAUCCUCGCGCCCUUGAGUUGGAUGUAUGAUCACUUGCAGCGUUGCUUUCGCCUUCGUGGUAACUGCGGGGAGUGGUGGCGCAGUGACAACGGCUUGAUACAAGGUGACGCUUUGUCGAUGAUUGGUUUGAACUGUGUGGUCACGGUCCUUCUCGAGUACACAAGGCAGCAUAUCCCACAGGUGGUUGCGUCGUCGUACGCGGAUGAUGUGUCUGGUGUGGCGUCUUCUACUUCUACGGAAGGUCUUCGCGAUGCUGUUCGCCGCUUUCACAGGGUUAUUCAGGCGUAUGAAUCAUGUGACGCGGGGGAGGUGAAUGUUAAGAAGACGUUCACUUUUGGUGAUGAGGUUCUGGCUCAGGUUUUGCAUGCUGAGAUGGACCACAAGCAGCAAUUUGUUGUUGUGGGUGGAUCUUUUGUCGUUGAUGGCAUGUUGGAUGGGCGCACAGAGCUUGAAACACAAAGGUCGUCCAAAUGGCAGGGCACUAUAUGCCGGGCGCGGCACUCCCCUUUUCACUGGAAGCGCAAGUGUCAACUUCUGCUGGCUACACAGAGUCAGGCUUGCUACGGUCAGGGUACACAUUCCUUCCAAUGGGAGGUUGAAACUCUUAAGGGCAUGCGUAGUGAUGUGAUGAGGACAUUAUGGAGUCGCGACUUUUAUAGCAUGUCCCCAUUGAUCACGUUUGCAAUCUUGGCGCCCCCUCAGCUCGAUCCGACUUUUGGUCCUAUUUAUUUUGGCUUACGUACGGUGGCUCGGUGUAUUCGGGAUUCGGAUUUCCGGGAUGUACUUCGCCAGGAGUUCCAAAAGGAUGCGUGGGUGGAGGGCCCUGCGGCGCGCUUGCGUUUGCUUGCGGACAGUCCUGUAUUUCGGGAAUUGAUCAAUGAGCUGGUGUACCGACCGGUCAAUGAGCAGGAAUGGGCGCACCGUCUCCGUAUGGCAUGGCGACAGUUUUUGGUGGCAAAAGUUAUCAAAGACCGUCCACAGCAUUAUGGUGAUAUUCAAGAUUUGGAUUUCCGUCGCACUAUGCUUCUGCAUGAGCGUUGGGAGAGGGAAGCGAAUGUUGUUUGCAGUGACGAUGAUCUUGAAGGAGCUUCCGCAACAGAGGUGGUCAGACAAAAGGUGGCUGUUCUUCGUCUUUUACUCGCGGGUGGUUUGAUGACGGAGGAGCGCGACUAUCGCCAUAAACGGGUGCAUCAGGAUGCGAAUUGUAGUGUCUGUGGGGUGUUGAAGACGGUGUGGCAUGUAUCCUGGGACUGCAAAGUUCACUCACAUAUUCGAGAUCCUGUUGUUGCGAGUUUGCCAUGCUCUGUGAAUGCUCUUCCGGUGUGUACGCGCUAUGCUGGCAUUAUACCUACCAGGUUGGUGAUGGAUGAUGCGCAAGUGUGUGCCUUGCAGUCGAUGUUGGUGGACAUAUGGCGGCGCAACAUUGCAGAGUUUCAUGAUAAACAGCGGCACUAUCAGACGGUGGUACAUGCAGCUGUGCAGGAAGGGGGUGGACAGGAUGGUGCUUUCCAGGAGAAUGGGCAUGCGAUUCAAGCGCGGACUGAAGGGCGUCCUGGGGUAUGGUGCCGCAAAUGUGGUAAAUUCGUCACGCGGUUAAAGCAUGUCAAGCUGAAGAUCACUGGGACGGUUUGUGCUCAAAAGGACUUGCCUGAGGCGGAAUGGCUGGAGGCGGAAGGUUUCGCGCGUAGUUCUGCUCGUCUCAAGCAACUUCGUCGUGAGCUACAGUCUAAAUACAACCGAGCCCGCCAUGUAUUACACUGGAACGAGCAAAUUGGCAAGGAGGUUGGGGCACCGGAUGAGGGGAAGUUGCACUGCUUUCGAUGUGGUCGUGAUUGGAAGUGGAAAGACAGGGCUAAUAUGCGUACCAGCGAGAUGAGAAGUUAUGGCGUGCAGCCAGAUGUUGGGUGCUACGCGCUCGCCCUAGUCGCUUGCAAGCGAGGCGCUGCCGGGCACAAGGCUUUCGAGCUCAUCGACGAGAUGUGGAAAAAAGAGUCGGGGUCAUGGUCUUCUGCGGGGCGUGGCAAUGCCUUGGGCCGACUGGUCAAAGAAGACUUCCCGGAGGCCGCAUACACGAAGUGGGUCACACUUCUCAAGGCCAUAGCGAAACAAGACCGAGAUGAUUUCGCUUUGGCAGCACGUGCGCACCUCCGCGUGUUCGCCCCGCACCUGCCAGUGGACAUCGUCAUUGACCCCGUAGGUGACAGCUAA